AUGAAAAUCGUCUUAACAGAGGAAAUCACGAAGAAUGCAGCUCAAGAAGCCUGUGAAAUACUUGGAGCAAAUUCAACAGGAUUUCAAAGUUCCAGUGAGAGAGUUCAAGUUGCAAGUAAAAUCAAGUUAAUGGUAGCGACAAAUACAGCUGCCCAGAAAAAUUAUAAAAGUGAGACAGGCGGUAAAUUCUGGGUUGGAGCUGAGAGAAAAAAAUCAUGUUCAACUGUAAAUUCAUGCGGAGAUGAAACUGUGGAUGCAUAUGAAUGGACCGAUGGAAAAACAAGUGGAACAGAUGGAAUGAAAUGGCAAAGUGGACAGCCAGAUUUUUAUCAGUAAGUUCAUUUGACAAGGGAACUGUUUCAGCUUUCACUCUAUAUUUAAAAUAAAAUAUAUUUUUUCUAGUAGUUUUCGACACGCUGAUCACGAUUCCGUCGUCUAAAAUUGCAGAACUCAAUUCCUAACAUGAGUUAUGACGUGUCAAAAUUGGAAAAUUUCGAAAAAUUGGUACUUCAGGAGAUCAAAACUCGCUUUCAAAAUGUUUUCAUGGAAAUGUGAAUUCUGACCCUCCGAAGUACGAAUUUUUCAAAAUUUACCAACGAUAAUUCAUGUUAGGAGUCGAGUUCUGCAAUUUUAGACAGCGCGAUCGUGAUCAGCGGGUCUAACAAGGGAACCUUUUUUACUCAACACUUCAAAUCAUGAUGAAAUUUUGUCCAUGGACAGUUUUUGGGGCCAUAAGAACACCCUAAAAAUUUUGGUCUCCCAAUGGACCUCUGAGCCAAGUUCUGGGCUCUCAAAAGUUCAAAAAUUGUCAAAAUCGGCUCAUAAAACACGUCAUAACUCAAUUCCCGAUCAAUUUUAUGAAAAAUUGAGUAGCAGAUGAUGAUCAGCGUGGUCGUUUUACCCAAAAAGCAUAAAUAAAUCAAAUGUUCGGAAAAAUUUUUGAUUUUGAAAAAAAGUAUGAGCAGGGGCACAUAUGACUUUUCAUGAAUUUUCAGCCCAAAAAUAAAAAACUUCAAAAUUUUUCGAAAUAAUAUUUUUUAUUGAUUUACUUUUAGGUAAUCGACCAUGCUGAUCAAUAUCUGAAACUUCAUUUCUCCCAAAAAAAUUUUGAAAUGGAGCUAUGAUGACUUUUAUGACCAUUUUUAGGCCUUUUUUGAGUUUUUGAGAGCCCAGAACUUGGCUCAGAGGUCCAUUGGGAGACUAAAAUUUUUAGGGUGUUCUUAUGACCCCAAAAGCUGUCCAUGGACCAAAUUUCAUCAUGAUUUGAAGUGUUGAGUAAAAAAGGUUCCCUUGUAAACUACUAGAAAACUUAUAUUUCAUUAAAAAUCUAGAGUGAAAGUUGAAACAGUUCUCUUGUGGAAGGAAGUUUUACAUACAUUGAUUAUUUAUUUUCACAGAGAGGCACAGAAAUGCGUCAUUAUUGCAAGUUCAAAAGAUUACGAAUCACGGCAUGGACUUCUUGAUGAUGAUAUGUGUGCAAACACAGAACGUGUGGAUGGAUACAUUUGUGGAAAAUCAGCCGGAUCAUCAUGA